AAUCCCCAAAUCCAAAAUCAAAAGCUGAGAAAAAGUAGGGUUAGAGAUUUUCUUUACUUCGAUUCGUAAUCAGCUUCGAUCGAUCGAUUCUUUCGGACACGAAGCUGAAACGCGAGCUGUGAAUCAAUGGCGACACAAACGAUAAAACGAAAGCCGGUGUUCGUGAAGGCCGAUCAGCUGAAACCAGGAACAAGCGGACACACUCUGACAGUGAAGGUGGUGAGCUCUUCACCGGUGAAGACUGUCCCCAGCCGCGGUAGUCGAUCGUCGGUGAUUGCUUCUCGCCCCUCCCGUAUCGCUGAAUGCGUCGUUGGAGAUGAAACUGCGGUGAUAAUCUUCACCGCUCGCAACGAACAGGUGGACCUCAUGAACCCUGGUGCAACUAUAAUUCUGCGUAAUGCCAAGAUUGACAUGUUCAAGGGAUCUAUGAGGCUGGCAGUUGAUAGGUGGGGUCGUAUAGAGGUCACAGAACCUGCAAAUUUUGAAGUUAGAGAAGAUAACAAUCUUUCGUUAGUUGAAUAUGAGUUGGUCACUGUCCCUCAAGAGUGAUUUUAGCUUACAAAUUUUUCAAGGGGUUCCAAUUUUUGUUUGACCAUGGUAAAAUUGACUGCUGUGCAGGUUCUUAUAUGAUACAGUCUUGAUUAUUAGUCUUAAGAAUGCUGUGGUUAAUGCUAAGAUUUAUAUUUCAGGUCAUUUUUUAAAAA